AUCAUCUUGAGCCGGAGAAAGAGUGGAGCUGCUUUUUCACAACAAAACAUUUCGCCCUGCAGUCGACCCAAGGCGAGGGAUUUGGACUUGAAAUGGCAGCCCUGAACGACAAGAGGAAAGAAUAUCCCACUGUGAAAGACCUGCAGAAGGUUUUGGACUCUUGCAAGAUCCAUCUCGGUCAAAUCGAUGAAGUCUGGCCAAAGAUAUACAUAGGAAAUGUGGCAAUUGCCCAAAACAAGUCUGCCUUGCUGAAAUUAGGUAUAACUCAUGUGUUAAACGCUGCUCACUCCAAGCGAGGCAGCAUAGGAAACCGAAGCUUUUAUGGCAACGACUUUGUGUAUUGUGGCAUUCCAGCAGAUGACUCGACACACUUUGAUCUGGAUGUUUACUUCAGGCCUGCAGCUGAUUUCAUUCAUAAAGCUCUGAAGUCACCUGGUGGGAAGGUUCUGGUGCACUGCAUCAUGGGGAUGAGCCGCUCAUCGACCUUGGUGCUGGCGUACCUCAUGAUCUACCAUCACGUCCCGCUCAAGAAGGCCUUGCAAAAGCUGAUCCAGAAGAGAGCCAUCUACCCCAACAGGAAUUUUCUGGCUUUGCUGCUGGACCUAGAUCUUCAGCUGGAAACUAAAGAGAAGACGUGUCAGAUCCUCUAGUCGAGCGCCGUUUACAUUUUUCAGAUACAUGGCUAUGUGGUUUCUGGGUGUGAUGAUGUCAGCCAGUCUGUUGGUCCACAAACUGACACAUUUAUAGGGAAAAGUAUGUUUUGCCGUAAAGGUUGGCUCAACAGAUACCUAUAUUUCUGUAAAACUCAGGUCAACAUCAAAAACAUAUCACGCUAGAAUGGCAAACUGAAAAAGGAAAGACGCACAGAUAAGUCGGUUGCAUUGCCCUCAUUAAUUCAUUUAUUUCCCCUCAUUAAUCAACAAUCAAUCCACCAUAAUGACAAGAAAAAACAGAUUGUUUUUGUUUUUAACUGAUUAAAGGGAAAGUUUCGUUUUUUACAACAUGGACCUUAUUUCUGGCAUUUUUUAUGGUCAUAUACUCACCCAGAAAAGUUUGGUGUCAUUUGGAGUCCUUCGGAAGAUAUUAGGAGUUUUGUGCGAGCCGCUUCUCCAUAUAAUGGUAGCGAAUGGGGGCACAGCGG